AUGAAGUCAACUCUUAAGAAGAAACAAAUAGUAUGGGCUAGAACAAAAGGACGUAAAUGUUAUAUUUAAUAUAUUUAGAUCCCUGGUGGCCUGGAAUUGUAUUUUUAUUAUUUCUUAUUUUAAGAUUACACAAGUAUAAGAUGGAAAGUAUGUUGUUGAUUUCAUUGGUGAUGAUUCACAGUAAGGGUACAUUCACAAUAUAUAUAGCUCCAUAUUGAUGAGUGAUAAUCUUUUUGAUUUUUAAGAAAAAUUUGAUGAAUUCAACGAUAAAGGAAAAAAAAAUAAAAAAUUAAAAGAAGCAAUUCAAGAUGCAUAAAAACUUUUAAGUAUUAUCUUUCUUAAUUAUAGAAAAAUAAAAAAAAAAAUUAUGUGACAAUAAAGGGAUAAGUAAGAAAAAUUUGCGAAAAUUCAAAAAAUCUGAGACUCCUAAUGAUGAUGUAUGUAAUCAUUAUUAUAAGAAUAUAUAAAAAUCUCCAUUAUAAGAAACUCCUUAGAAAAAACAAUAUCUAGAUAGAGAAUUCUAAGAUUUGUUGUUACUAUUAAUAGCAGCAUAAUUGAAUUAUGAUCAAAUUAAAUAAAAAUUGACUCCAAUCCUUGAUACUAUAGAAGCUUAAGUAGCUCAAAAUAACACUAUCACAGAAGUAUUAUCUGAGAGGAAAGGCUCUAUAUUAAAUGCAGUUUAUUUAAUAUUGAAACAUUAAAGCGAAUAAAACCCAGAUCAUUUUUUUUAACGUGACAUUCAUUAAUAAAUAACAAGAUUACAUGAAUUAAUUAGCAAAUUAAAAAAUUCUUUAUUAAAUUAGUUUUUUAAUGCUGCUAGCAUAAUUUCAAAUUUAUCAGUAGUUUGUGCUGCUAAUGCUAAUCGUGGUAUUUGUUAACAAUAUAAUUUAUAUAGGAUAAGAAAUAACAUAAAUAAUGAAUCAAAAUAAAAUAAUAGAAAAGAAAUAAUCAUCAAUUUCAUCACCAAAGACAAAAAAAUAAAAAAAGAAUGAAAAAUUUAAGAAAAUAAAUUUUGAUAAUCAAACUACUGGGAAUUAAAUUUUUUAAUGUAAUAAUAAUAAUAAUAAUACUAAUGAUAAUACUAAACUUAAUCUAUCUAAUUAAUAAAAAAUAGAUUAAAUACCAAAUGAAGAAUCAAAAAUUGAUGAUAAAAAUAAUGAAUAAUAAAAAAUAAUUAAAUAAGAUGUAAUAGUUUAGAAGAAAAUGUAAAAAAAAAAUGAAAUUCCAGAUUAAGCAUUAAGAAGAAAAGUUUGUCUAAAUAUGUUAGAAUUAGUUUAAUUGUUAGGAUUGGAAGAGGAAUAAGCAAAGAAAAUUACAAUAAAAAUAGAGAGUUUAGGAAGAGAAGCAGAUCCAUAAAUGAGAAAUAAAUAUGCUAAAUUGAUGUGGCAUUGUAUAGUUAAUUUAGAUGUAUAGAAUUAAUAAUAAUAUAAUAAUAGUGUAAAUUAUUAAAAAGAGAGGAGUUAUUAAGUUUGAUAGAUGAGAAUGCAGAUUAAAAUGAAGUUUGGACUAAAUUAACAUUAUAGCCAAUAGACAGAACAAGGAAAUUGAUUCAUAUAUGA